CUUUCCUUCCUUUCUCUCUCUCUCUCUCUCUCUCUCUUCGGGCCGCUCCCCCUGGGCAAGGAUGGCCGAGGCGUCUCCGGCGUCGCCGCUGGACGUGGAGCUGGACCCGGACUUCGAGCCCCAGAGCCGCCCGCGGUCCUGCACGUGGCCCCUGCAGAGGCCCGAGCUGCAGGGCCAGCCCGGGGCGGGAGGCGGUGCGGGAGGGGGCGACGCCAUGAUCCCCGAGGAGAAGGACGACGACGAGGAGGACGACGAGGAGCCCGCGGGGCCCGCGGCGGGGAGCGAGGACUCUCCCACGGCGGCCACUCUCCCGCAGGGCGCCUUUCCCCCGGGCCCCAAUAAGCAGCCCCAGCAGCAGCAGCAGCCCUCCUCUCCUCAGGCAGCAGCGCCGCCCCUGCCGCCCCCUCCGCCCCAGGCGCCGCGGAAGUGCUCCUCCCGGAGGAACGCGUGGGGCAACCUGUCCUACGCGGACCUCAUCACCCGCGCCAUCGAGAGCGCGCCCGAGAAGCGCCUCACCCUCGCCCAGAUCUACGAGUGGAUGGUGCGCUGCGUGCCCUACUUCAAGGACAAGGGAGACAGCAACAGCUCCGCCGGGUGGAAGAACUCCAUCAGACACAACUUGUCCCUUCACAGUCGAUUCAUCAGGGUACAGAACGAAGGAACUGGGAAAAGCUCGUGGUGGGUGAUCAACCCGGAUGGAGGGAAAGGUGGGAAAGCGCCACGGAGACGUGCUGUCUCAAUGGACAACAGCAACAAAUAUACAAAGAGCCGAGGACGAGCAGCCAAGAAAAAAGCAUCUCUACAAGCUGCCCAGGAAACCACGGAAGACAGCCCCACCCAGCUCUCCAAGUGGCCAGGUAGCCCCACGUCACGCAGCAGUGAUGAACUGGAAGCAUGGACAGAUUUCCGGUCCCGUACAAACUCAAAUGCCAGUACCAUAAGUGGCCGCUUGUCUCCAAUCCUGGCAAGUACUGAGCUAGAUGAAGUCCAGGACGAUGAUGCUCCGCUUUCCCCCAUGCUGUACAGUAGCCCGCCCAGCAUGUCUCCAUCGGUAAACAAACCCUGUAAUGUCGAGUUGCCUCGGUUGACUGAUAUGGCAGGCACCAUGAACUUGAAUGAUGGCCUGACAGAUAACCUUAUGGACGAUCUUCUGGACAAUAUAAGUCUCCCCCCUUCUCAGCAGUCUCCCACAGGGGGUCUCAUGCAGAGAAGCUCAAGUUUUCCAUACAGCUCCAAAGGCUCAGGUCUUGGUUCUCCAGCGAGUACUUUCAACAAUGGUGUGUUUGGGCCAUCAUCUCUGAAUUCCCUCCGUCAGUCUCCCAUGCAAACCAUCCAAGAGAACAAGCAAGCAACAUUUUCUUCCAUUUCUCACUACAAUAACCAAACGCUGCAGGAUCUGCUGGCAUCAGAUUCGCACAGCCACAGUGACGUCAUGAUGACUCAGUCCGAUCCACUCAUGUCACAGGCUAGCACAGCCGUGACUGCCCAGAACGUACGCAGGAGUAUUAUGCUGCGGAAUGAUCCAAUGAUGUCGUUUGCUGCGCAACCAAGCCAGGGUAGUUUGGUCAACCAGAACCUGCUCCACCACCAGCAUCAAUCCCAGAAUUCCUCUCUCAGUGGCAGUCGUGCCUUGUCGAAUUCCGUCGGUACUAUGGGCUUAAGUGACUCAAACAGCAUUGGGCCGGCAAAACACCAGCAACAGUCGCCUGCCAACCACUCUAUGCAGUCCCUUUCUGACUCACUCUCAGGCUCUUCAUUGUAUUCCAACAGCCUGAGCCUUCCAGUCAUGGGGCAUGAUAAAUUUCCCAGUGAUUUGGACCUGGAUAUUUUCAAUGGGAGCUUGGAAUGCGAUAUGGAGUCCAUUAUCCGCAGUGAACUCAUGGAUGCAGAUGGGUUGGAUUUUAACUUUGAUUCCCUCAUCUCAGCCCAGAAUGUUGUCACUCUGAAUGUGGGAAACUUCACUGGUGCUAAGCAAGCUUCAUCACAGAGUUGGGUUCCAGGCUGAAGGAUUUAUGCAAAGAGGGGAAAAUGGGCAAAGCAGGCCCUUCACCUGACACGAGUCCUAAAAGAAAAAAAGAAAA